AUGAGGAACAUGCUCCUGAACCGAACUGGAAAAGACAAGGAUGUCGUCAAGGUAGACAAACACAAACCGGUUCAACAUAUCACAGAGCACAUCAUUGACCAGAGCCUGGAAUACUGCGGGUGCGCUGGAGAGAGACUUGACUAUCUUGGAUCUUCUGGAGAGCCUCAACAACAUCAUGAAGCUGCUGAGGCAGAGAAGAGUCUCUCCAGACCAGAACACCUCAAGAAACACCAGCGGAUACCCAAACUUACCUCUUCAACAGACCUUAAAAGACAUCAGAGAAUCCAUACAGGAGAGAAACCUAAUAGCUGUGAUCAAUGUGGGAAGAGUUUUACUACACCUAAACAGCUGACUAUACACCAGAGAAUACACACAGGAGAGAAAUCUUACCACUGCUCUGACUGUGGAACAAGUUUUGUUUCUUCCCAAUAUUUAAAAUCACACAAGAGAACGCACACAAUAGCAAAACCUUACCACUGCUCUGACUGUGGAAAGUGUUUUGUUUCGGCACAAUACUUAAAAUCACACCAGAAAACACACACAGGAGAGAAGCCUUAUAGCUGUGAUCAAUGUGGGAAGAGUUUUAGUGUUACAAGCAGCCUGAAAGCACACCAGAAAACACACACAAGAGAGAAAUCUUAUAGCUGUGAUCAAUGUGAGAAGAGUUUUUUUACAUCUAGCAUUCUGACUGCACACCAGAGAACACACACAGGAGAGAAACCUUAUAGCUGUGAUCAAUGCGGGAAGAGUUUUACUUCAUUUAGCCAGCUGACUAUACACAAGAGAACACACACAGGAGAGAAACCUUACCACUGCUCUGACUGUGGAAAUAGUUUUGGUUCAUCCCAAUAUUUAAAAUCACACCAGAAAACACACAAAGGAGAGAAGCCUUAUAGCUGUGUUCAAUGUGGGUGGAGUUUUACUCACUCAAGGAACAUGAUAUCACACCAGAGAACACACACAGGAUAGAAACCUUGUGGCUGUAAUCAAUGCAAGUUCGAAUGCCCGAGCUGAUGAAAUACAAAUCUGUCAUUCUGUCCCUGAACAAGGCAGUUAACCCAUUCUUCCUAGGCCGUCAUUGAAAUUAAAAAUUAGUUCUUAAUUGGCUUGCCUAAUUAAAGGUAAAAAAAAAUAGGAAUGUGGGAAGAUGUUUACUCAGCCAAACAUCCUGAUAGCCUACCAGAGAACACACAGAGAAACCUUAUAGCUGUGAUCAAUAUGGCAUGAAUUACUCUGGUAAAAGAGCUCUGAUUAAACAUCAGAAAAUACAUACAUGGAGUUGUUUCAUCAUAUCAAUGAAAUAAUGUCACAAUGUAGAAUGUUUUAACAUUGUAGGAGUAUUUUAAUGAUGUCACAAUGUAGAAUGUUUUAACAUUGUAGUAGGAGUAUUUUAAUGACGUCACAAUGUAGAAUGUUGUAACAUUGUAGUAGCAGUAUUUUAAUGAUGUCUCAAUGUAGAAUGUUUUAACAUUGUAGUAGCAGUAUUUUAAUGAUGUCACAAUGUAGAACCUUAAACAUUUGCCCCCUGUUCUAUUGAUUUCAGCAUGAUAUGGAUAAUCCCCUUAUUGGGAAAAAUACAGGCUCUGAAUUGAAAGAGUACUAUUUAUGUGAUUAACAUAAACACAAAGGGUUGCGUUUCACUUCCUGCGUUGGCGACCUACUUGAAUCAAACUGCAACACUUUAAAAUGUAGCUAGCUGUUUUCUACAAAUUGACCUGUAAACAGUGAUGUACACAUUAUUCCCACAUUCCGUGUGGUGUUUGAGCUGUUAGUUUUAACAGGAAGUGCAACCUCAUCUCCCACCUCUUGCGCAAUUGAUUUCAAAGUGAUAUCGAUAUGAGUGAUGACGAAUAAGUGUUGCGUUUUCUUAGUUUUGGGGACCCCUACAUUUAAAUGCAUCACUCCAAAAUGUAGCUGACUGUUUUCUGCAGGUUGUCCUCCAGCCAGUGAGGUAAAAGAUAUCUCCCAUUUUCAUGUGUUUUAUUUAGUUGUGUUAGUUUCAACAGCACAUACAACCUGAUUUCCCCCUAAAUUGAUAUCAGUGAUUUAUUUGCCACUUUUUGAAACAAGAGCGUUUUUGGUACUUGUCCAGUUUAUAAGGUGCUCAUUUAAAAAAAAUCCAAGUGAAGUGAUUACUAUUGUGGAACAUGUUUGUGUCGAUAGUACAUUUUAUGUUUAGGUUUUCAAUGUAUCACAAACAGUUUCUGCAUAUUGGUUAUUGAUUUUUACACGUUAAAAUUGUUUUGACAUUGGGCUCCUCCCACAUAGCAAAAUGUUGUUGAAAAUAAUACUAUGCCCGACGUCCAAUCUACGUUCGGUUUUGGUUGAAAGUCGAAAAUACUUUUUUCAGGUGAUUGUUUCAAUGAGUUCAAAACAACUCAAUUUGAACGUACUUGCAGCUUAUACAUAUGGAUGCAAUAUAAAAUGUUUAACUUGGACUAACUUAUGAACAAUUUUUAAACAAUCAUACAUCACUCCAGCAUUAACACAUAGUGUUUCUUUACAACAUUCAAGUGCUAAUUGUCUUUAUUCCACUACUGAAGAAGCAUGACUCAAAUCACCUCAUAUUUCAAACAUCCAGCCUGACAAAAGAUACAUGUUUUAUUAUUCCAUGCCUCACCAUUAAGUGAAUUAUUGCAAUACAUAUUAACAAAGGGGUGUACAUUUGGUUUUUAUAUUGUCAUAAUAUUUCAAUGUAAUGUAACAUUUAGUAAUCACAAUAAUUUAUGAGACUAACUGAAUUUUAUUGGCACAAUUAUAUUGUUUAUUAACAAUGUUGUAAAACUAGCUUAGUUUGGCUUGAUAUUACAUCCUAUUCUUACUAUUUUAAUCAAUGUCAUUUCCUUAGAAUGCUCAUUAGUCUUUCAGUUUUUAUUGUUAUUCUUUAGUUUUUUAUGCUCUUAUGUUUGUUGUGUUGUAAAUAUUUCAGCUUUUAUUUUCAUAGUUUUUUUAUUACCUUUUCCUUGUGAAGCGCAUUGUAUUGCAUUCAUGUCUGAAAUGUGCUGUAUAAAUAAAGCUUGAUUUGAUUUGAA